UUGUAUUCUAUAGGAAAGGUAAAGCUAUAUUUUGAUGCAGAUGAACUAUUUUCGUUUCAGCAUCGACAAUAAAUAAUUUCAUUUUAACGUUAUGGAAACACUUCUUGAGCAACAACGACGAUACCAUGAAGAGAGAGAACGGCUUCAAGAUGCAAUGACCAAGGAAAUGCUUCAACCUAGCAAAAAUGGUAGAGAACAGAUCAAUUCAGACCAGCGACUUCGGCAUCUACUAGAUAGAUAUGUAGAAUGUACAACAGAAUUAGGGGAUUUGUAUGAAGAUAAAGAUGGAAUGAGAAAAGAAGAAGUACAGUCUUUAUCAGGACCAAAUGAGUUUUCUGAAUUCUACACUAGACUUAAGCAGUUAAGAGAAUUCCAUAAAAGACAUCCAAAUGAAAUAACUGUUCCAAUGUCAGUUGAAUUUGAUGAAAUAUCAAAACAGAGAGAGAAUCCAUCAGAGGAAGCACAGAAUAUUGUAGAAUUCACAGAUGAAGAAGGCUAUGGAAAAUACCUAGAUCUACAUGAAUGUUAUGAAAAGUUCAUCAAUCUGAAGGGAAUAGAGAAAAUGGAUUACUUGACAUUCUUGUCAACUUUUGAUCAGCUGUUUGAUGUACCUAAAGACAGAAAGAAUGCUGCAUAUAAAGAGUACUUGUUGAGUUUAUUGGAAUACUUAGAAGAUUACACACACAGAGUUAAACCUUUACUGGAUUUGAAUGAUGAAAUGGAAACUGUAAAACAAGAUUUUGACUUGCAAUGGAUUGAAGGUUCUUUCCUGGGAUGGCCAAAAGAGGCUACAGGUGCAUUGGCACAUACAGGAGCUCAUCUUGAUUUAUCUGCUUUCUCCUCAUGGGAGGAAUUGGCAUCACUUGGUUUGGACAGAUUGAAGAGUGCUUUAAUGGCUCUGGGACUGAAAUGUGGAGGAACUUUAGAAGAAAGAGCUAUGAGAUUGUUCAGUACCAAAGGAAAGAAACUAGAAGAUUUAGAUCCAGCCAUGUUUACAAAAUCAAAGCCUGGCAGAGCUGGAAAGAGCAAAGAUACUGAAAGACAGAAAGAAAUUGCCAAUUUAGAGGCUCAGGUGUAUAGAUUUGCUGAAGUCUUGUCAGAACAGAGAGCAUCAACCCGAGACAAUGUCCAACGUAAACAGGCCAGGACAGGCGAGGAAAGAGAGGAUUCUGAUGACGAACAUUUUGAAGGAGAUGAUGAUGAUGACGAUGAUGAUGAUAUCCCAUACAAUCCUAAAAAUCUCCCUCUUGGCUGGGAUGGAAAGCCUAUACCUUACUGGUUGUAUAAGUUACAUGGUCUGAAUAUCAGUUAUACAUGCGAGAUCUGUGGAAACUUUACAUACAAAGGACCAAAAGCAUUCCAGAGACAUUUUGCAGAAUGGAGACAUGCCCAUGGAAUGAGAUGUCUACAGAUACCUAACACAGCACAUUUUGCUAAUGUAACAUUGAUAGAAGAUGCACUUGCUUUAUGGUCAAAGAUAAAGUCAACAAAAGAGUCAGACAGAUGGAGACCAGAAACAGAGGAAGAAUAUGAAGACAGUUCUGGUAAUGUGUUUAACAAGAAGACUUACGAGUUGUUGAAGAGGCAGGGAGUGUUAUAACUGACUUGUGUUUUUAUCAGAUCAUAUUCACUGUAAAGUAACUGUAUCAAAACACAUUAUUGUAUCAUGUCAUCUGAAUUUCAUCAAUAAAAUUGGAGA